UAUUUUGUUGAACUGUUAAAGUUGAAAGGGGUGAUUAUAGUAUAUUGUUUUCAAUUACAUAAAAUUGUGGACUAUCUGAAUAUUUAAUAUAAAACGUAUAAGGUUCAUAAUUAAUGUAAAUUUGUAAUAACUUAUAGUGAACAGGAAAUAUUUAAUAAUGAGGGGAAGACUGAUUUUAUGAUAAUUAAAAUUAUACUUCACUCAUCAUGCAUUUUGUGGAAUAAUGUCCGAUAUCUUGGUGAAUCAUAACAUAACAGAAUUUCAUAAAAAUUGAAUAGUUUAAAUAAUGUGUUCUUAAAUUUGGCCCGCUUAGAGAUAAAUCUGUGUAGUAAUUGUUAGUCAUGGCAAGAGAAUACGACCAUCUGUUCAAACUGUUAAUAAUAGGAGACAGUGAUGUCGGGAAGAGUUCCCUGCUAGUGAGGUUUGCAGAUAACACAUUCUCCGGCAACUACAUAACUACCAUUGGUGUAGACUUCAAGAUCCGAACUGUGGAGGUUGACGGAGAAAAAGUCAAACUGCAAAUCUGGGACACAGCUGGGCAGGAGAGGUUUCGCACGAUAACAUCUACGUACUACAGAGGAACCCAUGGAGUGAUUGUGGUUUAUGAUGUGACCAGUGGUGAAUCUUUUGCCAACGUCAAGCGAUGGCUUCACGAAAUAGAACAAAACUGUGAAGUUGUGAACAGGAUAUUAGUUGGAAACAAGAACGAUGCGCCAGACAGGAAAGUGGUUUUGACGGAGGAUGCGCAGCGAUUUGCUGAUCAGAUGAGAAUCCAACUGUUUGAGACCAGUGCCAAGGAAAAUAUCAAUGUAGAAGAGAUGUUCAUGGCAAUCACUCGUCAAGUCCUGCACACAAAGAAGGAAAGGAAGGAGCGACAAGCCGGACAGAAUAGUGAUACAGUUAAUCUACGGAAGCCGAAAACCAGUAAGAGACAAAAAUGCUGUUAGCACCUUCUGACUGGCAUUACUCCAACUGUAUAGCCCCCUGUGUAUUUGUAUAGUGAUUGUUUUAUUUGCUUUAUUUUCAUUGUGGUUACAUCUAUGGAAAGAAGAGAAAGCCAUAAAACUGUAUAGGCUCUAGUUUUAAGUAAUAUAUAAAUACAUCGCGUUGUUAAGUAUUGAAUGUUCAAUACAGAGCACGGACCACGUUUUGUAAAUUUUUACCAGCUCAAUUCUACCCUUGAGGUCCUUUGCUCAACAGUUUUAUGGUGUAGAUUUCUCCCUUAGUACUAAAUUUAGAUUUUCAGUUUUGCAUGCAUUUUGAAUCGGACUUCUCUGCUUUUGGGACCUCAUAAUAAUAUUCUUGAAACAACAUAACCUGGUAGUGAAAUGACAUUUUAAGAACCAGCAUGGUUUUAUUUAUGUUAAAACUUAGUUAGAUAGUUAAUGGUAGUUGAGUUUUCUUCAUUAUUUUUUAAAUAUACCUGUGAAAGUUGUAAUAGUUACUUACGCAAGUGUUCUAAACAUUAUGCUGUUGGCUGCUAUGUUUAUUUUUUUAAACAGUUGCUGCUCUCCCCCUGAUGAAACCAGAAGUACAAUUUUAAAACUAUCCUAGAGUUUUAACCCUCAUCUUUGCAAUAUGCUUGUGACCAUCAUGUUAUUUAAUACUAGGCUAUUUGGUAAACUUAGAAACUACAUAUUAUCGUUCCUAAAUUAAUAAAUUAGUAGAAUUUUUAUGUUAUUUUUAAAGGUCUAAGUUUCAAUAUUGGCAUCUGUAAUUAGGAUUACAACUAGCCUACUUUAAAAUUUAGUGUUAGUGCUGAAAGUUAUAUUUUAACCUGUGCUUCAUUUGGACUUUCUGCAUCGUUGAUGUGUGUAGAUCAGAUAUAUUUACAUUCCUUAAUAAUACCCAAUAGUUUGUAGUAUUAUGAAAAAAUAAUUAAUUUUAAUAGUACUUUUUAAAAAUGUACUGAUUACAUUUCAACAAUAUUUUAUUUUAGCUUUAGCUGUAUUCUGUUCUAAACACUCUUUUUAGUUACUCACUUUAAGUGAAAUAUCCUUGGUUUAAGAAUUUUCCUGUUACUCGUUAAAAGUACAAAAUCAUGGCCCAGUUUAAAACUGGAAUAGCUACAUAAUACUGUAACUAUUUUGCAUAAAGUACUAUUUUAGAUACAUUUCUUUGUUGUAGCUUCAGUGUAUCAUUGUGUUAAGCAUUUAUUUUAAUAAAUAUUCUAUUUGUGUUCAAUGUUGUAUGAUUGUAAAGUAGCACAAAAACUACAAUUAAAACUUACCAUAUCACUUAUUUUUGUUAUUUUAUUGUAAUAUCUUGGUUUUCAUAACCAUAUUUUAACUGGGGUUUCUCCAGGUAAAAUUAGUAUUAACUUAUUUUUAAGAUUAGCCUAGGCUUAAAAAUUUGUUUGAGAUGAGACCUACAAUAUACUGUAGAGCUUGGUUCAGGUUUAAAACAGAGCUUAUCGUAGAAGGUUUUGUCAGGAUAUCCGUAAUGUUCAAGUGUUAACUAGUAGGGUUUAAGGUAAAGGUAUUAAUUUUGGAAAUGUUUAAUUUAGACAGACCCUUUCUCUCUCUUAUUGGCAGUUCUACAGUUAGUUAAUGUUGUGUUCUUAGAUCUACUGCUAACUAACCCUACCCUGGGCUGGGCUCCAGAGCUUAAAACUUUUAGGGCUUUAUAUUUAUUUUUAGCCUAUACAAUUUUCAGGACUUCCAUAAAAUAUUUUUAUAAAUAUUAAUACAAAAAAUAGUACACCAGGAAAGUUUGUUAAUUCACAGAUUUUAAAUUUCAGGAUCUCAGUCAAUUUUGUAUACAUGAAAGUUCUAGGAUAUUUAUUUUUCAAAUUCCAGGAGUUCAAAUACCUAAUAAUUCAUUGCAUUUUAAGAGUGAGUUUUUCCAAAGAUUAAUUACCACUUAAACCUAAAACAACAGUAACAAAGAAUUUCAAGUCUUAAUAGUUGUACAUUUUUAUUAAUUUGUUCAUGACUCUAUUUUAGACAAUAACGAUAAAAAACCUGAUAAACUAAAGUGCUUGAAAUAUUAAUGUAACCAAGUGUUUUAUUUACAAGCGAUGAUUGUGAUUUUGCUGAUAUUUCCUGACAAGCUGACAAUUUUGCUAUACAAUCUUCCAUUGUACUUCCUUCCUUUUGUUUACUUCAUUUAAUUGCAAACCUUUUUGUGGCAUACAUGAAAAGAAAACGUUUUAUAAAGAUACAUUUUAGCACAAGUUUUAGUGGUAUAUUGUAUUGUUUCAGUUUGUUAUACAGUUCACUGAAGAUGUCUUAAAGAUUUUAAUGCCUAUAAAUAUUUUUCAAAUCCGGAUCACAAAAUUGUAUUCUAUUAAUUGAAAAAUGUUGGGAUUGUAAAUUAAUAAGUUUGAGAUAUGUAAUUUACUUACAGUAAAUUUGCUUCCUUUUAAAGGGCCUAAUAACGUGAAUGUAAUGCUUAACUAAUAGAAGUAAAAAAAAAAAUGUUUUAGUCAUUUUUAAAUACAUUUUUACCUUCUAAGAAAUUUGAUUCCAUUUGAAGAAAAUUAAAAACGUUUGCAACAUUCAAAAUUGUUUCACUUAACAAAAAGAACUUUAAAAUUUUAUGCUCAUUCCCAAUAGUUUAUAAUAUUUAAUUAAAUAUGAAUUUUUAUUAUAUCGUACAUACAAACUAACCAUUUUCAACAUGUGUACCUUUCAGAAAUUUUAAUUUUUUCUAAAUAAAAACUGUAUUUAAAAAAUAAAGCUGGAGAAAUAAUCAACAGGAUACUACUAAGUCUUUGCUUAACAUAGCAUUAAGGUCCUCAUGCUCUAGGAUAUGGGCAUUUCAAAGUUCCUUUGAUUUGACAUGCAAUUUUGUUAGUUUACUAAGCUAAGUUAUCGGUAAUAAAUACUUCAACCAUCUUGGUUGUGAGAAAUUCAUAGAGCAUUAACAUAGCAUUCCACAAUGUACUACUAAGCUGUGACAUUCAGUUCAUUUUCAAACAAAUACUGUCCAUCCAUGUUUAGUUUCCUACAUUUUAUAGAACUAUAUACCAUUAAAACUGUAUGCAGUUAACCACACUAAAUACAAUAACAAACCCGCUGUAAUGUGGCAAGGUUGGUAUCAUUAUUUUCAGCCUUGUUAGGUUUUUUUUCUAUAAUGCCAGUAAAGUGUGAACUGGUUUGUUAAUAUUUUGCCAGACUCAAGAGAACGAGUUUUUUUCCUGAUGAGUAUCACUGUUUUGUUACAACCAUGGUAUUCAUGGGUUUAAGCUUAGAGAUCUGUACCAAACAGCUAUAACCUGUUUAUUUAGCGGUUGAAACAUUAAUUUUAAAGAGGCAAGGGGUCAAAGUAUUUAUGAGUUUACUUCCACUCACACUCAUUAUAACAUUCGUUACCUGUGUCGAUGUUUUAUUUCUAAUAUGUAAAUAAUCUUGAUAAUUUUAAAAUAGUGUUAUGCCAGUACGUCGUUUUAACCACAUUCAAUAAUUAUUUUUCUUAUUUUUACUGUCAACAUCACAUUUUUAACUUUUGAAUUACUUCUUGAAUUUUAACCAGCACAUUCAUCUUGUCAAGGGAUUUUUUAACCAUGUAUAUUUUGUGUUUUCAGUCAGCCCUGUGAUUCUCUAUCUGUGUGUAAUAUAUUGUUGAUGUUGAUUUGUAUGGAUAACAGUUCCCAUUCAGUGUGAAAUUGUAUUUUAUGACAGUGUAUCCAUUUUUAUAAAUACAUGUAGUAAUUAAAUCUAUACAUAUAUAAAUAACUGUAAAUAAUACUUUGUGUAGGUGGUAUGAAGUUUUCCAGACAGAACCCUUUUGUAGGUCGGUUUUCUUAUCAACCAAUGGCCUAAAAAGGAUUGUUGUUAUGUAUUAUUUGGAUGUGACCGAAUGUGUCAAGAUGUUUUAGAGGGCUAAAAUAAAACAUGGUAACAAAUUCUAUAAAUAUUCGCCUGAAAUUUUGUUCUUAUGUUUGUGCUCAGUUUGGGAUUUAAUUAAAUAUUGUACGUGUUUCAAUUGUGCUUGAUACAAAAGUACACAAACGUAAGCAAUACUGCCCAUUUACAUGUAGGAAAACUAAAUGUUUCUCCAAAUAGAUGUGAAUAUUUUGUUGAUACUGUGAGGCUUUCGAUUGUAUAUCAUAUCAACUGACCCUAAAUGUAUUCAUGUUGAAACAAAUAAAUAAUUUU